UCUCUCUCUCUCUCUCUCUCUUCUAUCUUUCUCUCACACACACUCUCUCUCUAUGGGGAAGCUUUCUCUCACUCCCCAUCGGACGCACCACACGCGUCCACGUCGUCGUCGUCUUCUUCGCCUCCUCCUCUAUAAUUGCCUCCUCUCUUCCCCCAUCUAGGGUUCCCUACAAACCCUAAUUUCCCGAUCCGAGCUCACGAUUCUCUCUUCGCCCUCCCUCGCCUCUCUCCUUCUCUCUCCUCGGGGUCGCGGCUCCUCUCUCCUCCUCCUCGGUGGUGUAGGAGGAGUAGGAUCAAUGGCGAUUGUGAAGAACAACUUUAGGGUUUCGAGAUCGGGGGAAGACACCUCGCCGGGGACGGCCUCAUCGAGCACCGAGGAUGACGACGAGGCUCUCCGGACGGUGUCGGACGAGGAGCAGGAGGAGGAUUCCUCCGGGUCGGACGACUGGUCGGAUCUCGACUCGGGGAUGGAAUCGGACGAGUUGGACCUCUCCGAGCUCGGCGACGCCAUGACCGAGCUGUGCCAGGUCGGGAACCAGAGCUGCAGCAUACCGCUCGAGCUCUACGACCUCCCCGACCUCGGCUCUGUCCUCUCCCUCGACACCUGGAACGAAACCCUAACCGAGGAGGAGCGCUUCGCCCUCUCCGCCAACCUCCCUGACAUGGACCAGGAGACCUUCGCCCUCACUCUCCACGAGCUCUUCUCCGGUAAGAACUUCCACUUCAGAAGCCCUCUCAUUACUCUCUUCGAACGGCUCAAGGGUGGGCUCUGUGACCCGCGGAUGGUGCUUUAUCGCGGGGGUUUAAAUUUCUUCCAGAGGCGCCGCCAUUAUUGUCAUCUCCGCAAAUAUCAGAAUUCCAUGGUGGGGAGUCUUAUUCAGAUCAGAGAUGCCUGGAAGAACUGUGAGGGUUAUGGUAUACAAGAGAGGCUUCAGUUGCUGAAUAUACUGAGAAAGCAGAGAGCUUUGGGUUAUGAAAGGGAUGGGCAUGGGGAGUCGGAACUGGAGAGUGACGACUCGGUCGAUCGUUUCCAGCCGAAACCGAUCAAGACAAAGAGAUUUAAGCCUUCUUACGAUAGAAUUGCUUCAGAGAAGGUGAAGUUUGGGAAAGAGAACAAGAAAGGGGUGCUGAGGGUUUCUGCACCAAUUUAUCCUCUGACUAAAACUAUAGGCAUGCAAAGAAGUUGGGACACAACUCGAGAGAGUACGGAAAUUAGGGCAGGCUUGAAGACAGGAAAGAAACAGGAAUUAGUGAGGAAAUACCAGAGGGGCAUGUAUGAAGAGGAAGAAGUGGAACCUUAUUAUAAAGUUAAUGGUAGGAGUGGUGAUCAGGCCGUCACUAUAGCCUCUUAUGAUCCUCAUUCUUUCGAUCCUUCGAAAAACACUAGGUACUCAGUUACGAACUGGGCUUUUCCGAGUGUAGAAGGCCAGAAUCGUCUUAUGCCCCAUAAGACUAGGCUUGAAGAUGCUGUGUCUUUAGACCGCAGUGUUAAAUCCAAUGAGUGGAGUGUCAGAAGCAAGAAGGGGAAGAUUGAAGAUGAGUAUAAUGGUGUCAAAACGAGAGUUGUUUAUGACCCAAAAGUUGAAUCAUAUAGGAGUUUUCUUCCAAUGCAGAUGGAUCACACAGCAAAAAUGACGCAAAGAAAGGUUGGAGAUAAAUUUUCAAAGUAUGAUGGCAUGGGUUUGGAAUACAGCGAAGAAACAGAAUCUGAUUCAUCAGAACAAGCUGAGAAUUGUGGAGAUUGGAAUUCCUUAGCAGAGAUAGAGUCUCGUCACUAUGGAGUUGUUAAACCAAUUUAUGAUUCCACAAAGGCUAGCAAGCAUGUGAAUACUGGUAGGAAGAGUAAGGCCGAUAUUUUACCAUAUCCAAUAAAAGGGAAAAAUAAAGGUAAAACUAGCGACCCCAGUUUCUUGGAUGAUGUCAAGUUGAUUAAAAAAAGCCAGGUGCCCCAGCUUGAUGAAAAGAUGCAAUCACUGCUAACGAACACCUUUAAUGGCGAGAGAAAGCGGAAAGGGUUGGCAGUUGAUCUUGAUCAUCAUAUGCAGCCAGUGAACUACCUUCCUAAUUAUGGCACAUCCAUGUUAGAUGAAAAGGAGGAAAAAUUGGAUGAAUCUGAAAUGAUGAUGAAAAGAUCAGCAUACAAAACCCAAGUCUCCGAUGCUCAAGUGAGUGAACCGUCCUUAUUAGCGCGAAAAUCUGUGUCUAAGAAGGGAAAAGGAAAGGUGGAUGCUAUACAGCUGGAAGAGGGAGAUGAAACUUUCAACGCACAAUCUAAUCAAAAGCAGCAGCCCGAUGAUGCCAUUGUCACGAAGAAGAAGGGGAAGAAGAAAGCAGAUGCUGCAGCUGAUUUUGUGACAGUGGUAGGACCUGAUCAAAUCAUUCCAGAAAAGAGCACAGCUGAUAUUGAACCGGAGAAGCCACAAAAGAAGGAAUUUACUCUGAUCACCCCUACGAUCCAUAGUGGUUUUUCAUUCUCCAUAAUUCAUCUCCUUUCAGCUGUGCGAAAGGCAAUGACUACUCAGACAGAUGAGCAGAAGGAUUUACCCUCUCUCACGGUUCUGGAGAUUGUGAAUCGAGUUCGGUCCAACCCAGGUGAUCCCUGUAUCCUUGAAACACAGGAGCCACUUCAGGAUCUGGUGCGAGGAGUGUUAAGAAUAUUGUCGUCCAAGACUGCACCUUUAGCAGCAAAGGGGUGGAGGCCACUUGUUCAGUACGAGAAGUCAAAUAAGAGUUGGUCAUGGAUCGGUCCGCUUACUCCUAGUUCAUCUGAUAAUGAAGAGGAAACUUCUCCUGACACAUGGGGCAUGCCUUACAAGGUGCUUGUAAAGUUGGUUGAUGCAUUUGCUAAUUGGCUGAAAAGUGGCCAAGAGACCCUUCGGCAAAUAGGAAGCCUGCCCCCCCCUCCCGCUUCAAUGCUUUCAAACUUGGAUGAGAAGGAAAGGUUCAAAGAUCUUAGAGCCCAGAAAAGCCUGAAUACUAUUAGCCCUAGCUCGGAUGAAAUUAGGGCAUAUUUUCGAAGGGAGGAGCUGUUAAGAUACUCGGUUCCAGAUAGGGCAUUCUCUUACACUGCUGCCGAUGGGAGAAAAUCUAUUGUUGCUCCGCUAAGAAGGGGAGGUGGUAAGCCUACCUCGAAAGCUCGGGAUCAUUUCAUGCUUAAGCCUGACCGCCCGCCGCAUGUCACUAUCCUGUGUCUUGUACGAGAUGCUGCUGCACGGUUGCCGGGGAGUAUUGGAACAAGAGCGGAUGUUUGUACACUGAUAAGGGAUUCACAAUAUAUUGUCGAAGAUGUGACAGAUGCUCAAGUGAAUCAAGUCGUUAGUGGGGCUUUAGACCGGUUGCAUUAUGAGCGCGACCCUUGUGUACAGUUUGACUCGGAAAGAAAAUUAUGGGUUUAUUUGCAUAAAGACAGAGAGGAAGAAGAUUUUGAGGAUGAUGGUACUUCGUCUACUAAAAAGUGGAAAAGGCAAAGAAAAGAUGUUACGGAAAAUUCGGAUGUUGGGACAGUUAAUGAUGGUGAUGCGGAUGGUAAUGUCGAUCUACCAGCUGUUAAAGGUGAGGAAAAUUCUGAAAUUAUUUAUAAUAACAUGAGGACAGACGCGGAGAACGUGAAUUCUUCGACAACUUGGGAGGCUCUUCAGUUUAAUCCCUUAAAGGAAAAUAACAUGGUAUGCCAAGAAAAUUCCACCACUGAAGAUUUUGAUGAUGAGGCAUUUAGCAGGGGGAGGCCGAUUGGCCUCCCAGGAGCAAGCUUACUGUGAAGUUUCUGUUUCUUUUUCUUUUAUUAAUUUUCCUGUUUAUUUGGGAGCUCCAGUUUCAGUUAUAGUUGAAGAAUAUCACUGAAUGUUUCAAAUAUCUUCCGCUUUUCAGGUAUAGAAGAUCGGUCUAUUCGUAGUAAUGCUAAUUAUAUUGCUUCUACAAUCCUCCUUUUGCUUUGUUCUGUAUAUAAUUCAUCUUUCGCAGUUAAUUUGGACAAAGCAGUUAGUAAAUGUUAUGGGCAUCUUUGAUGCUGCAAUUCUAACCUGUGCAUGAUGUCUGAUAAACUGUAUAUAUAAGUUAUAUACGAGUUACAUGCUGCUUCAA